GCAGUAGCAGCAGCAGUAGGAGUAUUAGCUGCAGAUGUGUUGCUAACAGCAGUUGUCAGUUGCGGAGGAUCAAGUGUCUGGUCUAAGAGAGGAAGGUGUUACCGUGUCAGUGAGGCCUGUCAGGCACUAUCCACAACUGAAACCUGCCUCCGGUUAGCCUACAGUUGCUGGGGGGAGAGGAGAGGGACCCGUACACCGCCCUGCCUGCUAUUGUCACCACUAUCACCAAUGGUGUAAUGCUGCACCAGUCCAGCUGUAGCAACAACAACAAAACUGCACUUGUAACGGUCUUCUGCGUUUCUCUUUUUUAUUUUCACAGCAUUUUUUUAUACUCCAUUAUAUUACCUGGUAACCUUGUUGCUUUCUUGCACACCCAGACAAACAAUUCUUAACAUAGAAAUUCCUCUUUUUACUCUUACUCUUUCCUUUUAUUCUUCAACUUUCAUUUUCUCUUUUCAUUUUCUUCUCCCUCAUUCUACCGCCAGUGUUUUUCAUCUGGCCUCACUUCCUACAUAGUCUUACUAUCACACCCACCUUUUCUCAUCACCAUUUUAACAAACCAGCGCACUGGCAUCUGCAGCCAUUUCCUCCAUCCAGGCGACAUACACGCCAGCCUGCUGUGUUGACAGCAGCCGUGGCGGUGGGGCUGGUGCCAGCGAUGUUGGUGAUGGUGGGGCAUGUGGCGGUGACGAGAUCGAAGAGGAGGGGGGAGGUGGUGGCCCCGGGGCUGGCGGCGUCGGGAUUAUGGCCCAGGAGACAAUCUACCUGUGCAACUUCAGGGUAUCAGUGGAUGGCGACUGGUUGUGCCUGCGCGAGCUCAGCGAUGUGCAGGUGGAAAUGCCACCUAUCCUGCCCUCCAUUGAAGAUGGACGAGACCCACGGACUAUAGAACGGGCCAACCUACUUAACGUGUCCAAAUUAAUUAUCAAGGAACUGAUUGACUCCUCAUUAUCUCAUGGUCGAAUGCUAGAUGAUGACCAUGUACCUCUGCAACAGUUCUUUGUUGUUCUAGAACAUGUUCUUCGACAUGGACUCAAACCCAAGAAAGGAAUACUUAGAGACAAGCGAGAGUUUUGGGGGGUGUUGGAGGUCAUUGAAAAAUUUGCCCCAGAAGCUGCUGAGAUUACAACCAGUGUCAGGGAGAUGCCAAACAUCAAAACCCCCUUGGGUCGUGCCCGAGCAUGGUUGAGGUUGGCUCUCAUGCAGAAAACUUUGGCUGAUUAUUUUAAGUUAAUCAUAGAAAAGAAAGAUGAUGUGUUAAGUGAGUUUUAUGAACGUGGUGCCAUAAUGGUAGAAGACGAAGGUAUUGUGAUAACUGGAUUACUUGUUGGUCUUAAUGUCAUUGACUGCAACUUGUGCAUCAAGGAAGAAGACCUGGAUCAGCCUAUGGGUGUUAUAGAUUUCAGCCUUUAUUUGAGAGACAACAAAGUCCCAAUGGAUACUCCUGACUCUGAUAGUGCUGAAGGAAAAUCAAAGAUGGCUACCAUUCUUGACCAGAAGAACUAUCUGGAGGAGCUGAAUCGACAUUUGAACGCCACAGUAACCAAUCUACAGCAGAAACUGGAGAGUGUGCAGACCACAAAUGCUCUUAUGAAGGAAGAUUUAGCAAUAACCAAAAACACCAUCUUAACUCUACAAGAAGAAAAUAGUACAAUUAAAAAAGAAAAGGAUAUUCUUUUAAAUGAUCACAAACGGAAGCUUGAGCUGACGAAACAAGACAUCGAUAUCGAACGAGAGACAUACCAAACAUCCCGUGCUGGUCUCGAUAGUCUAGUUGCCGAGGCCAAGAAACGUCUGGAAGACGAAACUCAAACUAGGAUAGAUGUUGAACGAGAGUUGGAGCUUCAGAUCAGCAUGAAAACUGAAAUGGAGAUGGCAUUGCGGUUGCUGGAGAAAGACAUUCAUGAGAAACAGGAUAACAUUAUUUCAAUGCGGAAGCAAUUGGAAGACAUAAAAACAUUAAACCUCGAGAUGUACAAAAAACUCCAGACUUGUGAUAGUAAUUUGAAACAAAAGACUGAAGUGGUUGCCAAACUAGAAGAGAAAACUGAACAACUAGUAAAUACACUGAGAGAAAUGGAGAAAAAGCUAAAGCCAUUGGAAGCCGAGAAAUUGGCUGCUGAAGAGACUGCUCGAAAACUAGGCCAGAUAAUUGCAGAAAAAGAAACCAAGCGGUCGGCGCUGGAAACAGACUUACGAAUUGAGAGGGAAUGGAGAGGAACAUUGCAGAAGACGCUUGAGCAAGAACGACAUAAUGUUACACUGGUACAGAUGGAGUUACAGCAAAUGAAAGAAAUUCAAAAAGGAUAUUCUUGCCUUGAGAGAUCCCAUUUACACCUUCAGCAGACAGUUGAAGAACAAGAAGUAACUUUAGCAGAACUUGGAACACAUUUAAGCCAAACACCACAGAUGCUGUGUCUUCUUCACAACACCACAGAUGCUGUGCCUUCUUCACCAACAAUAUUGUCGAAACUAAAAAUGGAAGACAUGAAAGAAGCUCAGUCAGCUCUUCGGGAGGCCCAGUGGGCUAGUGAUCGGGACAGCAAGCAGUGUAAACAGUGUUCUAAGCAGUUCUCAGUCUCACGGAGAAAGCAUCACUGUCGAAACUGUGGCUUCAUCUUCUGUAACGAGUGCUCAGACAACAAGAUGCCACUGCCUUCGUCUGCAAGGCCGGGCAGAGUCUGUGACAGUUGCCACACAUUCCUUCUACAGAGGUACUCAGCUACCUAACGACGCUCCUUCUUUAUCUCUCUGUCUUUCUACCAAACACCAUGCAUAUAUACAUACCCAUACACACACACACACAUACACACACACACUGUAUAACACAUUCAUACACAUAAACACCCUUUAUCACUACACCCACAUCUUCUGCUCCACAUAUACCUUUUUUUUUUUUUGUCUCAGAUAUGCCUCUUACAGAGAUAGUUGGGCUAUCUAGAGGCAAAAAAAAGUAAGAUUAAAAUAUGCUUCACUCUGCAACAGCCCUCUCCAUUGAAGUAGCAGUUCCUGCCUAGAGGUUUUAAAGAUUCCCUAUGUUGCUACCAUAGUUUUCCUACCCACAAUUUCUCCUGCAGUUGUUAGAAGUUACCACCUACAGGUUAAAAUGUACCGUUCUCGGCUACAAUUUCUUACCCACACUUCCUCCUACACAACCCAAGUAGUGGUGGGGGUGAUUGGGGGUGGGGCAACUAACAACACUGAAAUGGCCUACUGCUUUCUUCUCCACCCACACGAGCUGCCACUCCCCCCCCUUGCCCU